CGGAGUCCCCCCAUUGCCUCACCCUCCCUUGCACCCUGUGAUACCAACAGCGAUUGCAUUCGGAACAGCAUGUUUGAUGGAAAAGGGUGCUUAGGCAAAUAUUUAGCGAGAGAAAAAAAUUAAUGAAUUGAUCAUUACGUCUAAUCCGGUUUACAGAGACGGAAUUAUAAUGCAAGAGAAAAUAUUGAAUGUGUAAUAGCUACAGUGGAUGAAUAUUGUUAGCUUGAAUGGUUGGCUAGCUAGCUAAACAUCGGGACUACUAAAUCAACAUUGCAUUGUAGCCUAUCGGGAUAUUUCAACGUUCCAUAAUGUAAUGUCAAGUGGAUGCAACGUUACAUUGACGUCUCAUUGAUUGAACUGAACUGAAGGAGAGAGGGAAUGUAUCCCGAUACAACCACAGAGACGAGUAGAGGAAUUUGAAUCGACAUAAUCCAUCUGCAUCGGGACGGAUGAUGACGGCUUCGUGGCGACGGACAGCGGCUCUCAUCUGUUUACAAUGGGUGUUCCAGUACACCCUGUGUCGCGAGGUAACCCUUCCCUCUGGACCCCUAUACCGCGUGGCAGGGUUCCCCCUCUCCAUCCCCUGUGCUGUAUCAGGCUACGAGGGUUCCCGAACACAGGAUUUUGAGUGGUUUCUGUACAGGGAGGACUCCCAGGGGAGACAGAUGGGGGUGAUCUCCACCAGGGACCCUGGGUUUCCCUAUGCACCGUUCCAGGCGCGGGUGAGGUCCGGGGAGGUGAGAGUGGAGAGGGACUCGGGGGACAAGGCCAGGCUGGUGUUCCAGAGGCUACGUGCAGAUGACCAGGGACGAUACGAGUGUUACACACCCAGCACAGACUCCAAGUACCAGGGAAACUACAGUGCCUCGGUCACUGUCAAAGUGAUUCCAGACACUCUCCUGAUUAGUUACUCCCGGUCUCUAACUGGCCAACCCGUGCCAGAGGGGGCGGAGAUAACUCUCACCUGCUCCGCCGCCGUCCAAUCAAAACAGCACACCCACCUGUCCAUCACGUUCGGCGUGCGUGGCGGUGGUAGCGGGUUGGGGGCAGGGACACCGAGAGAAAUCAUAGCUAUCGAUAAAGAACUGAGCGUGACUCCUGGCCGAGGGGACUCCUACCAGAAGAGAUAUGAUGAUGGAGAGAUAACGCUGGUGAAGAAGAGUGGAGAUGGAGGGAGAGAUGUCUACGUGAUGAGGCUGAGCGCUGUGGCCCCGGAGGACUCAGGGGCCUACUUCUGUGAGGCGUCGCAGUGGAUCCUGGACCCUGAUGGAAUGUGGCAGAAGAUCUCUCAGAGGACCCUGGAGAUUGGCAACCUCACGGUUCAACCACUUGCUGACUCCCUGACCGUUACGUCCACUCCGCGAGGUGAGGUAACUCUCCAGUUAGGCUCCCCUCUCACUCUGACCUGCGAGGUGUCUGGUUUGGCCCCUGGGGGCCGCUCGGGCCUGCUGGUCCAGUGGAUGAGGAGGGGCACCGUGAGCAGCGAGGACAGGGCAUUGACGGGUGGAGGGGUGGAGGUGGAGGUGGCCCGGUACGGCCCAGACGGGGUGGUGAGCUGGGGGGAUGACUCCAGCCGAGCCGGUCGGGGUGGAGGGGGUUCCAUGGAGAAGGAGGUGGAAGGACGGUACUCUCUCAGGUUGUUCUCUGCCCACCCAGCUGACACAGGGGUGUACCGCUGUGCUGUGAGCGUCUACGCUGGGAGGCUUAACCCGGGACCCUCCAGUGCUGCUACCCUCACACAGAGGUCUGAGGGGGUCAGCAUCAACCUCAAGACCAAAGAGGUCAAGGUGUCAGCAGUAGCCAACCUUCCCCGCGGCCCCCUCUUGAAGAGAGGUGAUACCGUCACCCUGCUCUGCAACGUAUCCGUGGUAACCACCGGCCCUGCACAGGUGGAGGUCCAAUGGCUGCAGAGGGCGGUCCUCCCGGCCCAGGAGGGUGGGGCUACAGUAGGGGGCGUGGUCAUAGAGAAGGGUGGUGACAAGCCGUCAGUAGAGGAGAAGGGGAGGGUGUUGGCCUCUCUUACCUAUGAGGGCCUGUCCAGGCCACAUAAGAAUCACAGCUCUGAGGUCAGUAUGGACCGGGUGUCUCCAGGCACCUACAGGCUGAGGAUCUUCUCUGCCCAGGACCAGGACCAGGGCCUGUUUGUCUGCCAGGCUGAGGUGUGGGGACAAGACCCCCGUGGGGGAUGGUACAACACCGGGGCCAAGGCCCAAUCAGAGGGUGUUAGAGUCUACCUGUACGCCAGAGCGGCCGACCUGCUCCUCAUCCCCUUGGUUGUGGGCAUGUCCUCUGCCUUGUUUGUGGGCGUGGUCAUCAUCGCCACGGUAACCUGUUGCUUCAUGAAUCGAUUGGCUAGACAACGCUCCCCGAAAUAGGAAGUAGGAAGUCACGACAACGUAUAAGUUCACUGAAGGGUAAUCGACAAAUAGGUUAAAAAAAUUAAAAAAAUAACUAGUGGACUUUAAAAAAAGUUUCAAAGAAAGAAAUUGGAACUGUCAGACCUACACGAUGUCCACAUAGAGAUGUCAAUAUACUAUGUAACAUAAAGUGUUGGUCUAAUCUGGGACAGUGACCAAGAGAAGACACGAUCACUACUGGUCCUACCGGUCAUACAGACAUUUGAUUGUUUCACAUGGUACCCAAACCAUUUCCACUUGUUCAUAAUAUGUUGCAUCCAGCUUGUUUCUGUAAUAUAUAAAACCCACCGUAUGAACCUGUUUUCAGACUUCCAUAGCAACCUAACCAAACAGCUGGCUCUUAUUCAGCACGGCUCCGACAACAAUGAUGGCCAGCACAGAACAGCUUGGUUCGGCUCAGUACUGUACAAAACCAUUUAGGUGUUUGAUAUGUCAACACCGUCACAAAUGGACAAUGCUCAGCUGUCCAGUGUUGAAGUAGGUCAAAUAGAAAUAUUGACUUAGAAGAGACACUGAUUAGUUAUCUCUUUUGUUUAUUUAUUUUCCUUGGCAACCACCCCCUCACAAGAGGUAUGGUUUAUAUAUUCAUACGACGUUAGCGUUAAAGUUGUUUCUGUUAUAUUGUGUAUGGUUCGUUUGGCAUGAUUGUUAAAUGAUAUAUCUGUGUUGCCCAACUCCGGUCCUUGAGUACGCCCAAUAGUACAUCUUUUUUUGUCGUAGCCCUGGACAAAAGCACCUGAUUCAACUUGUCAAGGGCUUGAUGAUUAGUUGACAGGUAGAAUCAGGUGUGCUUGUCCCGGGCCACAACGAAAAAUAUGUACUAUUGGGCGUACUCAAGGACCGGAGUUGGACAACGCUGUGAUAUAUGAUUGAAGAUUUAAUGCAAUGCAUGUUAAAGUAGCGUAGGUCUUACACUGUCACUACUACUAGCAACAGUCUCUCUGGUCUAACGAAAGCCCAUCUCAGCAGUACCAGCAGUGCUAGAGUUAGGCCUGUGUUUUAUCGCUACGAAGUGAACACUGCCACUGUAUAGAAACCGUAGUGCUGUCAAAUGAAAUUGACUAGCAGAAUCUUUUUAAUUCCACUUAAGGCACUGAAUACCUAGACAGCUAUAUCAGGACAGGGAACUUAAAGUACACUUCCUGUAUUCAAAUCAACACUCUGUAAAUACUGGUCUACACUAGUUAACACUGCCAUUGUUUGUAUGAGCCUGAUCCCAGAUUUGUUUGUUCCGUUUUGCCAAUUCCUAUUGUUUAUCUAUGGUGCUAAACGUAAGCGUUGUCAAGAUGGGACUAACGUCUAGGAUCGGGUUAGGACACGGAGAAGAACAAUAACCAAGCAUUCCAGACGGUCUGCUAAACCGAGUAAAAUAAAUUAAAAGUUGUUUCUGUAUCUAUUUUAGACAUUUAUGAAGAGAGUUAAUAUACGAUAGUAAGCAUCCAUGCACUAAGCUGAAUUCUGUGUGUUGUUACGGUAUACACCAGAGAGAUUCGUUUUACUUCUAAAACUUAAGAUAAGAUGAGACCCUACUUGAAAUGCUGUGCUUGUCCGUGAGCUGAGUGGAUGACUUUAACAUUCAAUGGCUGUCUGUUUGUUCUUAAAGCACUUGGACCAAAACGAGUCUCGCUUGGCAGACUCGUACAGUGGCUGUACGAGACAGAAACCAUUUUCCCAGGAACCAUUCAAACUUGUUGAAUAGUUACUGACUGUUGUUUCAGUGUAAAGUCAUGUUGCUGUUCUGUUCUCUUAGUGUAGUCUUUUUUAAACCAUUUAGGAAAUGGUUUAUAGUUGAUUCCUGAUUGAUUCAUUUUGUGUUAUUAUUUCUUUCCAAUUUUGUGUUUUCGUGGUCAAAUGAAGAAGAAGAAAAGAAAUAGUGAAGAAAAACGGUGAAUAUUUUUAUGACACAGCCAGUAAACAGGAAGACUGUU